GGCUUCACGAUGUAGAGAGAUUCCAGGCUGCCGUUCACAGGAUUGUGUACAGUCACGUACGUGGCAUGCAGUAACAGGUACCCGUUUCUGUGCUAGAAAAUGGAAAAAGAGCCAGGGCCAGAAGGAAGGUGCAGAAGCAAACCAGAGAGCAGCACGAGGAGGGGUCAUCACAUCCGGGUGGCAGCCUGAGGCCUCCAUGCCACGGCAGAAGGAAGGACGAGCCGACGCCUAGAGGAGAAGCCAAAGAUGUUGACCAGAAAGAUUAAGUUGUGGGACAUCAACGCCCACAUCACCUGCCGCCUGUGCAGCGGGUACCUCAUCGACGCGACCACGGUGACCGAGUGUCUGCACACAUUCUGUCGGAGUUGCCUGGUGAAGUAUUUGGAAGAGAAUAACACCUGCCCCACCUGCAGGAUUGUGAUCCAUCAGAGCCACCCGCUGCAGUACAUCGGUCAUGACAGAACCAUGCAAGAUAUUGUUUACAAAUUGGUGCCAGGCCUCCAAGAAGCGGAAAUGAGAAAACAGAGGGAGUUCUAUCACAAAUUGGGCAUGGAGGUGCCAGGAGACAUCAAAGGGGAGACUUGUUCUGCAAAACAACACUUAGAUUCCCAUCGGAAUGGUGAAACCAAAGCAGAUGACAGUUCAAACAAAGAGACGGCGGAAGAGAAGCAGGAAGAGGACAAUGAUUACCAUAGAAGUGAUGAGCAGGUGAGCAUCUGUCUGGAAUGCAAUAGCAGCAAACUGCGGGGACUGAAACGGAAAUGGAUCCGCUGCUCAGCCCAAGCCACCGUCUUACAUCUAAAGAAGUUCAUCGCCAAAAAACUCAACCUUUCGUCUUUCAACGAGCUGGACAUCUUAUGCAACGAGGAGAUCCUGGGCAAGGACCACACACUCAAAUUUGUGGUUGUCACGAGGUGGAGGUUCAAGAAGGCUCCUCUCCUGCUGCACUACAGACCCAAGAUGGACUUGCUGUGAGCGGGCAUGGCUCUGGGCACCCAGCAGACUUGGCCCUCGCACCCCCGUGUGCUCCCAGCGGACGGUUCUCACGGCGACCGCGCUUCAGAAUGUUGCCUCUGGGUGUCGUGUGGACCGGAUUUCUGAAUAGAGAAUAUUUAUAACUUUUGUAUGAGAGAGAAUUCACACUCGACAAGACACUACCAGCACCACGUUUACAGAGGAUGAAAACACUUCACAGUUUCACGUAGCGAAUAGUGCUCAUCUCUGCUUCAGAUUCACAGGCCAGAGUAGUCAAUGUCGUGGCGACACAUCUUUCAAAGUCACCCUCCUGACACAGAUCAUCUUCGCUUGCUUUCCAGGUCCUGAAAUCUGAGUUCAUUUCCGUUUAGUUUAUGAAUUACUUUCAUGAUAAACCUCAAAAAUACUUGUACUUGUUAUCGAAUCCUUCCUAAGUUAUUGAAAAACUAUCUUUUCAAGGUGAAUGACUAUAUUUAUGUUGCCUUUAGCUUCCUGAAGACAGAGGAUAUAUAAAAUUUUAAUUUAAAAGCAUACCAAAAGAGGUUUCCAUUACUAUUUUGGUUUAACCAUGGUAUUUAAUUUUCCAUCUUACAAAACACAGCAAAGACAGCAGCUUCCUAACCUUGCCAGCUUUGUGCAGUGCGGCGGUCUAGGCCGGUCAGCAUAGGGCCAGGCAGGAAGGGCUCCUUCCCCCGUCUCACCCCAGACUUGAUGCCCUGGUGUCUGUCCAGCUUGCCCAGCCAGGUAGGCCAGGGGUGGUUUGGCCAGCUCCACUCCGGCCGGCAGAACAAUCCUUAUUCCUCAUCACUUGUCAACAAGAGCCUCGCUGCAUUCUGCCCGUUCUCUGCUGUUUUCGUUGUGCUGAAGGGGGCGCUGUGCACGUGCAUCAGGUGCUCUCCUGAGGCCCCUCAGAGGGCGCGCCUGGCAGCCUGUGGGAAAGGUCUGGCGAAGAUUCAGGUGUGACAGACACACCCCAUCCCUUCGUUGGGCCAUUUCCAUGGUUCUACCGGCAUCUCUGUUGAUGGAAAUGGCUCAUGUUUUUGGUGGCCGUUGGUGGGGAAGGUGGUUUUUGGAGCUGAGCGUGGUAGGGCUGGGGCUCGACUGGGGGGCCAAGUGACUCAGAGGAACCAGCCCCACUCAAGAGAAGUUGCCAGAAUCCUGGCCACAGGCAGUAAGAGCUCUUCCCCCUCUCCCACAUGCUAACGUUUCUGUCGAAUCGGAGAAUAAGCCCCGCCAGCCACAGACAGUUGUUCAUUUAGAACUGGCACUCAGUGCAGAAAGGCAGGCGUGAGGAGAAAGGAGCCAGCCCCGGCGGUGGGACCGUCAUCCUGGAGUGCCUUGUACUCCCCACCCAGGUGUUCCUGUCUGUUCCCCAUGUUGACCUUUCAGGGCCCUCCUCCCUGUGACAUUCCAGGAUGAACUUCGGUGUGACCAAGACGGGGACGGCAGGUGGUGACCGCUGCCAUCCGUGGCUUGUGUUAAAUAGAGGAGGGUUUGGUGGUGUCCCUGAGAGCUAGAUUUUCCAUGAAGUAUUUCACCUCAGUGGCUAGAAUUUUUUCUUGAAUUUGCUUUGAAAGUUAUGGUCGGGCUCAUUUGCAGUCAGUUUCAUUUCGGUUUCCUUCUGCUUCCCGUUCAUACGCUCUAAACACCAGAAGCAGCUACUAGUGAGACCUAGUCUUAGUGACGGGGAAACGUGCAAAUUUAUUCAAUCCAAGUGAUUCUUAACGUAAGGCCUUUUUAAAACCCUGAAAAAAAAAAUUGUGUUUUUGGGUUUUUUGGGUUUUUUUGGUUAGGAAUUGGUCAAAAUUUACCUGUUUAAGCCCUUUAAGUCCCCUGACUUUUUGAAUUAUUCAGUUACCUAAGCUUGCUAUUCAUCCAAAUCAUUUUUGAGAGUUCCUAUACAAGGGUUUAUGAGUAGAUGUAUGAGUAAAUAUUACCUGUCUACCUCAAAGUAUGCAUACUGCUGAAGCAUUCUGUAAAACCAUAUAUUAUCACAGUGCAGUUUUAAGUAAACUCUAGAAUUUAGGUAUUUUCCUGUGUGGUGAAACUAAAGAACGAUGAAACAGUUAUGCGCCUCCAAAUUCUAAUAAAUCGAAUCCACAGUUCAGAUUAAAUUUAAUACCGCUGUAAUAAUCUCAUAAUAUAUAUUUGUAACUUUGUAGCUAUCUUUGAAAUCACUUGACUUUGCUAUGGUGCUAAGUUGAUAUAUUUAAAUAUUCAGAGAGACGGGGAUAAGUGGAAGCCAGUAUUAACGCCUCCUGCUGGUUGCUGACCCUUCUUGUGUAAUCCUGCUUUUGUAAUCGUGUUAACCUGACAAAACCUCAGCAGCAAAAGUACCUAUUUUUCUAAGAUUUCACCUUGCAGACUGUCUCCACUACAGGACUGUUUCCCUGGUGACCUUCUGCCUCUUUGGUCUGACUCUGUAGCCUUACGUAGUUUAAAGGACUGGAGCGCCUGCCACCAGAUGGAAGCUUCCGGGUGGUGUCCUUUCAUUUCUGUCAAGCUCUCAUUUAACAUCAAAAGGCUAAUUUUUUUUUUCCCCAGCAUGAAAGUCAGGAUCAGUUAAUGGUUGGAUCCUCUUUUAAGUUUUGUUUUGUUUUGUUUUGUUUUGUUUUUAGCAGAUGGAGUUACUGUGAAGUAGUUUUCACAACUAUUUAUGCUGGUAAAACAAAUGCUGUUAGAUUACCUUACCGCGUCAUCUUUGACAGCAGUGGGACUGAUUGCCAGCAUAUGGUCUCACGAGAUACAGUUUUCAUGAAAAUAGAAAAUUCAGAUAGAAUAUAUAAUAUUGAAUUUAAGAUUUGGGGGGUUAAAAAAAGAAAACUUAACUUUAUAAAAUUAUUUAUUCUAUUUUAAGCCUUCUAUCAUAUUUUCCCAUCCAGUUGUUUGGUUUCAGUGGUCCAGCUUUCUUUACAGGCAUAUAAAAUGAAAUUGUGAGAUGUUUUGCAAGCUUCUUUUUACUUUGAGUAGCUUUUAAUUUGUAUGUUUUUGUUUUAUAUGGAUGAAGAGCAUUUUUAUGCUUUUGUGCAAUAGAUUCCAACACAUUUAUUAGACAUCUGUUUAAAUUGUAAUGUAGCAUCUAUUCUGCUAAACUGAAAGGGAAUAUAGGUGGAAUUUCAAAAUAUGUACAUUCAGCUAUUUGGUUUUUCCUUUAUUAUUAUUAUAAGAAUGCUAUUAUUGGGUGUGUGUGUGUGCGUGUGUGCAUGUGUGUGCGCGUGUGCAUGUGUGUGCGCACGCGCACGCACAUGAAUACCUGUCAGCAAUAUUUAAAAGCAAGCGGCCAUGUCGGCAGCCAGGAAGUGGCGUGAGUGGUGCCGACCUCUACUGGCCUCGUGGCCACCCUGUGGAGCCUCUGGAAUCCUGGCUGGGUCCUGGUGCCCUCAGACCCCAUGUGCUCAUGGCUGAGUCACCGUGGGGGUGGGGACCACGUGGCCUCAGACCACAGCGUGAUGGUGCUACCCUUCACGGGGCCCUCGAGCCGCAGGGCACUGGCUUCUGAUGCCUGUUCAUGGCACUCACAAUCUUUGGAAUUUUUUUUCCCUCUGAAAGUGCACAGGAUGGCAUUGUACAGUGAUUUGAAAUGUGUCAUUGGGUUGAAUGUUCUAGGAGCGAGCCAGCCGAUUUCUACAUUGUACAUGAAUAUUUAAUGUGCUUUCUAACAUUGGAAAUAAAGUUAGUGCAGAUAGCUAAAUCACACACACAGAUCCAAUUUCUCUGUUUCCUCAGGAAGUCAUUUAAGUUCCACCACAUCACAUGUGACCUUAACAUGAUAAACAAAUGUAUUUCUCUGCCUUGAUAUUUAGAUGAACUAGGUAAAUACAUUGGGGUAAGUAGACUAGAACACGAUCU